AUGAGAAGCCUGCUUUCAAUUCCCGUUCCCGCUAAAACAAAUCAGAGCGGUGGUUCAAGUAACUGGCGAAACAAAAACGGUGCAGAAUCCAUGACCUCCCGAAGCGAAGACAUUCAGUCUGUAACACGUGGUAGGCCAGUGAAACUAGAACCAAUCUCUGUGAAAAUAAACAAUGACGUUGUAAAAUUUGUAAUGAAGAACCCAGCAUUCACUCAAGAACUGACAGAACAACUCGAAAAACAAAAUGGAGAAGUCCAAUGGAAACAUGGCAUCCCUUUUGUUACUGUCGUACAAAAAUCUGAGUCCGUUUUUGUUUUUAAAUGGUCUGAAACGUGCAAGAGUUUGGUUACCAAAUUUUUCCAACGCUUUCGUAAGGAAAGUUAUACAAUUCAAGAAGAUAUACAAGAGUCAGUUUGCAAAGGACUUGAAGGACUCAAAGAAACUAUACAUCCUUCGGGAGCGGAUUGUUGGCUUGCAUCAAACAACCGGUGGUUAGUUUUAGUUAGCUUAAAAGACAACCUUCCCUCUAUUAUCAAAGUUGUUGAAGGUUUCUUACAAAAUGUAAAGGAAGAAAACGAGAAGCUAAAAGAAAUUGUGAAGUUUGUUGAAGUUUCAACUGAUCAUAUCGACUAUCUAGAGCAUACACAGUUUUUGAGUACACUAAAGCAAAGUCAUUCUGCGUUAGCCGAAGCGACGUUUACUGAAGCAAGGAAUCAGAUAUGUUUCGUAGGGUCAGAUGAAGAUGUUUCGGCUGCUAAACAGCAAUAUGAGGAUCUA